ACCGCAAAAUAGGAGAUUGGGAGAGAAAACAAGAAAACGUAUAUAAGUAUACAAGCGAACAAACAAACCCUUGUUUGCUGAGAAAUCGAAUUGAAGCUUGGGGAUUCCCCAGAGUGUGUGUAUUUGUGCGGAUUCGUGAAGAAAUCUUCAUGGCUAUGGGGACGGAACGAUCCAAGGCGUUGCACAAUUUCACGAUGCCGUGCGGUCUGCGCUGGGGAAAUCACAGGAUCCUCCGCUGCAUGAGGGUCAACUCCGACGGCCAGACCUCCCCGCUCCGCCGCCACGCCGCCGGAUCCUCCGGUGGCUCCGAUCACCCAAUCCAGCAGCGCCGCACCACCAGGGAGCGGGACAAGGACGGAUUCACGCACCCCGCCACUCCCUCCUACGGCGGCCGGAGAUUCUCCGACGACGCCGGUGACGGAAUUGCUGCGAUCAGGGAGAAAGUAAUGCUCGAUCUCCAGACGGCGGCGGAUAAGAUGAAGGAUGCGAUUUUCAAGGACGGCCUCGAGGAAGGGGAGGUCUCCGCCUCUCUGCCGCCCCCGCCCCCUCCUCCUCCGCCGCCGCUGCCGGCUACCGCCGAUGCCGAGGGCGAGGGUUACUGCCCCUGGAAUUUGAGGACGCGGCGAGCUGCGAGCAGGACGGCCGUGCUGGGGAGAAGCGGUGGUGGCUCAUCCUCCGGCGGCGGGAGCGAUGGCGGCGGCGGGAAGAGUUUCCGGUUGGAUUUGCCGCGAGCGGCGGGAUCUUCUCAGAUUCGGGCGGGGUCGGGGUCGGGACAGAAAUCACCGAUGCAUAGGAGUGACGGCGGCUGCCCGGCGGCGGCCAGCGGUGGGAAGAAGAGAGAGCGGGAGAAGUUCUCGGUGGCGCUAUCGAAGAGAGAAAUCGAGGAGGAUUUCUACGCGAUGGUAGGGCACCGGCCGCCGCGUAGACCGAAGAAGAGAGCUCGGAUCGUUCAGAAACAAAUGGAUACCUUAUUUCCGGGAUUGUGGCUCACCGAAGUUACACCAGAUAUGUAUAAGGUUACUGAAGCUGCUCCAUGAUACCAAAGAGUUUUCAAUGGAGAUAGGAUUGUUCUUGCUCGUUACUGCUAAAACAUGGUUGAUUGUGCUAAUAUAGAGGCAUAUUACACCAGCAUUGUGAAUUUCAGGUUCACGCCAAGUGCUGCAUUCAUUCCUCUUGGUGUUGAAGGGAAAGGUUUAGCUUCUUUGGGGAUUCUGAUUUUUGUUUCUUUCACUGAUUAUAAUUGUUCAUAUAUAUGUUUCUUUUUUUCUUGGAAUAAAGUUCACAUAGUGGAAAAGUUGGUGAGGAGUUUUUUCUCUCUGGUUUCUCUUAUUUGAACACUUAUCCUUUAUGAUAUAUCCAAUCUCAAAAUUCUCAUUUUUAACAAA